CAAGAUGGCUGUGCGCGCGAGAGGAGCGGAGGAGAGCUGAGGGAUGCAGAGACAGCGAGAGAGACGGCAAAGUGAGAGGAGCCUUUCAACAGCAAAAUAAAUAGCCAUAUCCGUGAAGAACGCACGGAGUCCCUUGUAAUUAUGUCUUCGAAUAGAUUUUAUGUCCACUAUGGCAAUAUUUAGCUUAUGUUUAGACGUACAUCUGUAGCCUACACCGGGAGGUAACUGAGGAGUAGCCAAGCGAAGCAGUGAAGACCCAGCCGGCCGGUAGAGGACAGCCGGGGACGCUCAGCGCUGCUGUCAGAGAUGUCCCUGCUCUGUGUCGGAGUGAAGAAAGCCAAGCUGGAUGGAGCCCAAGAGAAGUUCAACACGUAUGUGACCCUGAAGGUGCAAAAUGUGAAGAGCACGACCAUCGCUGUCCGGGGAAGCCUGCCCAGCUGGGAGCAGGACUUCAUGUUUGAGAUUAACAGGCUGGACCUGGGGCUGACGGUGGAGAUGUGGAAUAAAGGCUUAAUAUGGGACACCAUGGUUGGCACGGUGUGGAUCCCCCUUCACAGCAUCCGCCAAUCAAACGAGGAGGGUCCGGGGGACUGGCUGACCCUGGACUCCCAGGUUAUCAUGGCGGACAACGAUAUCUGUGGAACCAAAGACCCCACUUUACACCAGGUGCUGCUGGACACACGCUUUGAACUUCCUCUCGAUAUCCCUGAGGAAGAGGCACGCUAUUGGGCCAAAAAACUGGAGCAACUCAAUGCCAUGAGAGACCAGGAUAUAACUAACCAGGACUCGUACCAGGAAGACCCGGAGCGACCACUUCCUGUCCCAGGGACACAGUGCUGUAACUGGAGUCUGUGGGGAGAACAACAAAAUGAGGACCCAGACAGUGCUGUGGAUGACCGAGACAGUGACUACCGCAGUGAGACCAGUAACAGCAUCCCUCCCCCCUACUAUACCACGUCUCAGCCCAACGCCUCCGUCCACCAGUACCCCAUCAGAGACCAGCAGCACCGCCAGGGGACCCGCCCCUCCUCCUACCCCCCUUCCAACAGCUGUGGCCCCCUCGACUACCACCAGAGGGCCAUCAGCCCUACGGGGAGCUAUGCGUCGUCGGCAGAGUUGAGUCGCUGCAGCAGCCAGCUGAGUGAGGAGGAGUACGGCCCGGAGUACAGAGAGAGGGAUCCUUACGAUGAGAACGACUCUUACCACUCCUGUCACUCCUCUGUCACCUACAGCAAGGGCUCUCCCGACUGGGACCCUGACGAGACCCAGGGGGGGUACAGCGAUGAGGGGGGCUACAGUAAGGACGGGGGUGAGGAGGGGGCCCUCUAUGAGGAGGAUGACGGGGGCCUGUAUGAGGAAGAGGGGACAUAUGAAGGAGAGGAGGGCGAGAUUUAUGACGAUGAGGAUUACCCUCUGGACGGCACCCUCAGUGAGGAUAUGGAGGUCCCCUACACCCCCACCCCCACCAGCACGGCACCCCCCACACUCGACGUCCCCGGUGCUUCUAGACCCCCCCUGGAAAAACAGCCUUCUCUGCAUCAACAUCAGGCGCCACCCGUCCAGCCGCCCAGCCAAGCCCCAAAUCAAGCCCACCCUCCGGCCAUGGCUCCAGGAGGACAGCCCCUGGGUCAGCCACCCACCCAGGCCCCUCAACCACAGUCUCAGCCCCAGCCAGUCCCCGGCCCAGCACCAGCCCAGUCCUUCUUCUCCAUGGCAAAGCCCUUCUCAGCAGCAGUAACAGGCCUGGCCUCAUCUUUUCUGUCUUCUGGACUCCCCACUGCCCAACCUGCCCAGCCUCACCCCCAGGCCCACAACCCCAGGCUCACCCCCCAGGCUCACAACCCCAGCCCCAGUCUGCCUCCUCCAUUCCCCCGUCUCACCCUGCCACCGGGGCCCCUUCCCCUCAGGGCACCCAGUCCACAACUACUGGCCCUCCCUCCCAGCCGACCCCUUCCACUGCCCCCCCCUCUCAGGCCCAGCCCCCUGCCCAAACAACUCCCCAAUCAGAGGGCCCCGAUUCCAAACCCCCCCUGCCGGAGGACCAAGAUCCCCACCCCCAUAGAGGAGGAACCCUCCAUGGAAGACGAGGAGCUGAGGUUUGACGAGAGCCGCCCCCCCACCCCCAUAGAGGAGGUUGAGCCCAUCCCUGAGAGUGGUCCUGUAGAUGAGGAGCCCAAGGAGCCGGUGGACCCGUCGCUGCGGGCGAGAGAGAACUGGCUACGAAUCAUCAACAGGGUCCAACAGCAGCUUCGGGAGGCACGAGGAGAGACAUCCAAUUCUUUGUGGUUUGGUAAAGGAGGGGUGGGAGAGGUUUUGUACAGCAUCGACAGCAUGCCUGAUCUGCGCAAGAAGAAAGGCCCCUGCCUGGUCAAAGACCUGUUACAGGCCAUGUCUAUGGCCUCUCAGAAUGCUCGGAAGGCUGGGAUCACCACAGCGAUGGCAUGCAGCACCCUCGGCAAUGAGGACCUGAAAAGUCACGUUUAUAAGAAGACCCUACAGGCUCUGAUCUACCCCAUCUCCUGCACCACGCCCCAUAACUUUGAGGUGUGGACGGCCACCACUCCCACCUACUGCUAUGAGUGUGAGGGGCUGCUGUGGGGCAUCGCCCGCCAGGGCAUGAGGUGCUCCGAGUGUGGGGUCAAAUGUCACGACAAGUGUCAGGACCUGCUAAAUGCCGACUGCCUGCAGAGGGCAGCGGAGAAGAGUUCUAAGCACGGGGCAGAGGACAGAACCCAGAACAUCAUCAUGGUUCUAAAAGACAGAAUGAAGAUCAGAGAGAGGAACAAACCGGAAAUCUUCGAGCUCAUCCAGGAAGUGUUUACUGUCGUUAAGGCGACGCACGCCACGCAGAUGAAGCAGAUUAAACAGAGCGUGCUCGAUGGGACGUCCAAGUGGUCGGCCAUGAUCAGCAUGACUGUGCAGUGUGCUCAGGGCCUCCAGGCCAAGGACAAGACUGGUUCCAGUGAUCCCUACGUCACAGUUCAGGUGGGCAAGACCAAGAAGAGGACCAAGACCAUCUACGGCAACCUCAACCCUGUCUGGGAGGAGAACUUCCACUUUGAAUGCCACAACUCGUCGGACCGCAUUAAGGUACGCGUGUGGGAUGAGGACGAUGACAUCAAGUCCCGGGUGAAGCAGAAGUUCAAACGGGAGUCAGAUGACUUCCUGGGUCAGACCAUUAUCGAGGUCCGCACGCUCAGCGGAGAGAUGGACGUCUGGUACAACCUGGACAAGAGAACAGACAAGUCAGCUGUGUCUGGAGCCAUCCGGAUGCACAUCAGUGUAGAGAUCAAAGGAGAGGAGACUGUGGCUCCCUACCAUGUCCAGUACACCUGUCUACAUGAGCACCUGUUCCAGUACACUACAGAGGUGCAGAACAGUGGUGUGGUGAAGAUCCCUGAUGCUAAAGGAGACGACGCGUGGAAGGUGUACUUCGAGGAGACUCCCCAGGAGAUCGUGGAUGAGUUCGCCAUGCGUUACGGAGUGGAGUCCAUCUACCAGGCUAUGACCCACUUUGCCUGCCUGUCGUCUAAGUACAUGUGCCCGGGCGUGCCCGCGGUGAUGAGUACCCUGCUGGCCAACAUCAAUGCUUACUACGCCCACACCACCCAGUCCACCAAUAACGUCUCGGCAUCAGACCGCUUCGCCGCAUCCAACUUUGGAAAGGACAGGUUUGUGAAACUCCUAGAUCAGCUCCACAACUCCCUGAGGAUUGACCUAUCUAUGUACCGGAAUAACUUCCCAGCCAGUAGCCCUGAGAGGCUGCAGGACCUCAAAUCCACUGUAGACCUACUGACCAGCAUCACCUUCUUCAGGAUGAAGGUCCAGGAGCUGCAGAGCCCCCCCAGGGCCAGUCAGGUGGUGAAGGACUGUGUUAAAGCCUGUCUCAACUCCACCUAUGAAUACAUCUUCAACAACUGUCAUGAACUCUACAGCAGAGAGUACCAGACAGACCCUGCUAAGGCUGACGUUCCAGAAGAGCAGGGUCCCAGUAUCAAGAACUUGGACUUCUGGUCAAAACUCAUCACCCUCAUCGUCUCCAUCAUAGAGGAAGACAAAAACUCCUAUACACCCUGUCUCAACCAGUUUCCUCAGGAACUGAAUGUGGGCGUGAUCAGUGCAGAGGUCAUGUGGAACAUGUUUGCUCAAGAUAUGAGAUAUGCCAUGGAGGAGCAUGAGAAGAACCGGCUGUGUAAGAGUGCUGAUUACAUGAACCUGCACUUCAAGGUGAAGUGGCUCUACAACGAAUACUGCAAAGAGCUGCCCACCUUCCAGAAACGUGUACCUGAGUAUCCAGCGUGGUUCGAGCCGUUUGUCAUCCAGUGGUUGGACGAGAACGAGGAAGUGUCCAGAGACUUCCUGCACGGUGCCCUAGUGAGGGACACAAAGGACGGGUUCCAGGUGACGUCAGAGCAUGCUCUGUUCUCCUGUUCGGUGGUGGAUGUGUUCUCUCAGCUCAACCAGAGCUUCGAGAUCAUACGCAAGUUAGAGUGUCCUGACCCCCAGAUCGUAGGCAACUACAUGAAGAGAUUCGCCAAGACCAUCGGGAACGUUCUGCUGUCCUAUGCUGAGAUCAUUUCCAAAGAGUUCCCUAAACAAUGUGGGAACAAAGAGAAAGAGAAAGUGCCCUGCAUCAUCAUGAAUAACAUCCAACAGCUUAGAGUGCAGCUGGAGAAGAUGUUUGAGGCCAUGGGAGGCAAAAAUCUGAACGUGGAGGCCAGUGACUUCCUGAAGGACCUGCAAUUAAAGCUCAACAACGUCAUGGACGACCUUAGUAGGAUCUUUGCCGUCAGUUUUCAGCCCCAGAUUGAGGAAAAUGUAAAGCAGAUGGGAGAUAUCUUGGGCCAGGUGAAGGGACAGACUGUUACAGACAACAACAGUGUGGCCGGGGAUGCAGACAACGUCCUGCAGCCCAUCAUGGACUUCCUCGACACCAAUCUGUCGCUGUUUGCUAAGAUCUGUGAGAAGACUGUGCUGAAGAGAGUGCUGAAGGAACUGUGGAAACUGGUCAUUAACACUAUGGAGAAAAGCAUUGUGCUUCCCCCGUUCACAGACCAGUCGGGCACUCAGAUGAUCUUUAAUGCAGCUAAGGAGUUGGGUCAGCUUUCUAAGCUCAAGGAGCACAUUGUGAGAGAGGAGGCCAAGGCUCUCUCCCCUAAACAGUGUGCCAUCAUAGAGCUGGCAUUGGACACCAUUAAGCAAUACUUCCAUGCGGGUGGUGUGGGUCUGAAGAAGACGUUCCUGGAGAAGAGUCCUGACCUGAAGUCUCUGCACUACGCCCUGUCCCUCUACACACAACACACUGACAAGCUCAUCAGGAAGUUUGUCCUUUCACAAAACGCUCAGGUCCAUGGAGGGAAGGGGGUCAGGUAUACCCUCAACGAAGACACAUUACCAGAAAAGGGGUCAGGAGUGGAGGAGCCAAUCGGAGAGGUGGUAAUGCACGUGGAGAUCUAUACCCAUCCCAACACUGGAGAACACAAGAUCACUGUGAGAGUGAUUGCUGCUAAUGACAUUAAGUGGCAGACCCAGGGGAUAUUUCGUCCCUUCGUGGAGGUCUACAUCAUUGGUCCCCACCUCACUGACAAAAAGAGGAAGCACGCCACCAAGUCCAAGAAUAACAGCUGGUCGCCCAAGUUCAACGAGACCUUCCAGUAUUCCUUGGGCAGUGAGUUGGGUCCGGAGGGCUAUGAGCUUCAGGUGUGUGUGAAAGACUACUGCUUCGCCAGGGAGGACCGUACGGUGGGCAUGGCCCUGAUGCAGUUGAAGGACAUGGCCUCCCGGGGCAGCAUGACAUGCUGGCUCCCCCUGGGGAAGAGGGUCCAUAUGGACGAGACGGGCCUGACGGUACUGAGGAUCCUGUCCCAACGCAACAACGACGACGUGGCCAAAGAGUUUGUCAAGCUCAAGUCAGACCAGCGCUCUGCCGAGGAGGGACGGGCGAGCUGAGAGGGAGAGUAGAGAUGGGCCUAGUGAUCAAGAUACUAAUUUAGAUAUACACACACACACACAGUUACUAAUACAAUACUGGCAUGUUUAUGUCAUAUAAACACAGUCAUGAACACACUAAUCAUCUCUAAUCACAUAAUGAUUAUCAAAUGUACACAAACACAGAGGUGACCAACAGUUCCUUUGAGCACCUGUCAAUGAACCAAUCAAUUUAUCAAUCCAUUUCUACUGCUCUCUCUCUCAUUAUCUCUCUUUCACUCUUGCAUAUUACACAUUUUAUAUAUAUUUAAUGCAUAAAUAUGAGAAACAAAUAUCACCUGAUGAGUUAUGGUGGAGUUAUAGAGACAGAUGACUUUGCACUUUGACCUCUCGGCAUGUUCAAGAGAGCAGCCCUAAACCCCAACUCUUACUUCUCCGUCUGUUCCUAUUAUUCUGUCUGUGGGUUUAUCAGUGUGUUGUUCUCUUUCGCUCUCUUUCCUUUUCUCUAUGUUGUGCUCAGUCUUCCUGUCAUGUGAUGUGCUCUGGGUAGAAGUAGACCUCAGUGACAGAUCUAGGAUCAGCUUACACAGUUGUCCUGGCUUUCCCUGUUGGGGAGAGGGAAAUGUAACAUUGAUCUUAGAUCAGCGUCUGGGUGCAGUUUCAUCCUACCUCGUGUGAUGAUGUACUUCCUGCAUGUUGAACCCAAUUCUCAGAGAACACUGUGAUUAAUUAGCUGAUACCACGGCAACAGCUGUACAGACCCCGCCCCCCACGGACACUUGACACCUUAUACCUGUGUGCACGGUGCAUAUAACCUGGUAUAAUAAGGGUUAACAUAAUAAUAACCUUUGUAACCAUGAAGAAAACUACUAUCCAGUAAAAAACUAAGUGAGGAAUGAAGAAUGUGCCGACGUUUGAUAUGAAUGUGUAUUUUGUAAGACACGCCAGUCUUUCACGUGGGUUGAGGAUAGCCUAGGUUUGGAUCAGAGUUGUUGGAUGUUAGCGUGUUUGGAACACACCAUAUGGCCAUGUUGUAUAUAGACACUGAGAUGGUGCCGCAGACCCAAACAUGUACCUUUUGAAGAUGGUCUGCUCUUUUUACAUACUCACCUACCCUAGCAAUGGCCCUGGCCUGACAUUACUAUAAAGGAGUAAUACUAGCCAAUAGAUGGUUGAUUCAACCCCUCAUAAACCCCCUUCUAUGUUCCCUUGAAAGUGCACAAAUACUGCAAAGGGCUACAGGACCAGCAGACAUAGACAUUACAUAGACACUGCCUGGUCACUUCUCCCGUCUGUGUCUGUGAGAAUUUAAUAAAUAUGUUUUCUGUGCUAUGGGCCAUAAGAUAAAACUAACCCAUAGGCCACUAUAUACAGUGAGCACCAGAACUAUUGGGACAGUGACACAUUUUGUUGUUGUUUUGGCUCUGAACUGCAGCACUUUGGAUUUGAAAUGAUACAAUGACUUUUCAUUUAGAAACUUUUUGUACAUAAUCCCCCCAUUUUAAGGGACCAAAAGUAUUGGGACAAAUUCACUUAUAUGGGUAUUAAAGUAGUUCAAAUUUCAGUAUUUGGUCCCAUAUUCACAGCACGUAAUGACAACAUCAAGCUUGUGACUCUACAAUUUUUUUGGAUUCAUUUGCAUGUUUGUUUUGGUUGUGUUUCAGAUUGCUACAUGCUAACAUCCCAUGCUAUUGUAAAGGUGAGAGGUUAGCAUGUCUUGGGGGUAUGAUAUUGUGUGUCUAACUUUCUCACUCAUCAUUAUUCACAAUUAAUUCAGGAUUAGCCAUAGCAUCUAUAUUCAUGUAGAAGUGUUUAGAAACAUAUUAUAUUCUUAUUUACAAUAAAAGUGACUCUAAAAUUAAACGAUACAUUAUUUACCAAUAAUUUCUAUUGGGCACAAAAUGAUCUGAAACAACCAAAACAAACCGCAAAUGGAUCCAACAAGUUUGUAGAGUCACAAGCUUGAUGUAGACUUUGGGUACUAGGCAUAUGGGACCAAAUACUACACGCUUGACUACUUUAAUACAUGUGAAGUGAAUUUGUCCCAAUACUUUUUGUAAUUUCUAAAUGGUUCACCCGAUAUGGAUGACAAUAUCUUAAAAGUAAAGUUGACAGUCUGCACUUUGACCUCAUAGUCAUUGUGUUAUUUCAAAUCCAAAGUGCUGGAGUUCAGAGCCAAAACAACAACAAAUGUGUCACUGUCCCAAUACUUUGAGCUCACUGUAUGCCAUAAGGUCACUACAGAGCAACUGCAUGGUUUCUCUGACUGCCUCUUCAAUCAUCUAUUUCUGUGUUUUUAAGGCAAUACCUAUUUGUCUGUUUUGACAAUUUGGCCCUGCAUUUUUCUGAGGAUAAGCUUUAGCCCAUUUUGGAGUAUAGCUGUGUGUGUGUCUGUCUGUGUCCGUCUUUUCUGUCCUACCUGAUUUCAGUGUUUAUUUGUGGUAUGUAGAGGCAAGCAAUAUAACCCCUAAUCACUGGAAACCUGUGGCAUGCCCAGGAAUUCCAACUGCAAUACCAUGAUCCAAGGAGUGGAAUGCCAAUCCCACAUUUUCAUUGGACCACUGAGUGGGAAAUUCCCUGUUAUAAUGGACUCAUCUCAAUUUCCUUCUCAUAGGACAUGUGUGUGUUUUUCUUGGCAUAGAGGGAAAUACUUUGGGAAUACUGUACAUUGGAGAGAAUGAAUUUCAAUUUAAGAUCUCUCCUAUCUGCUGUUCAGUCAGCUCCUGGUCUGACUUUUCCAGAGGAUGACUUUGCAAAGAUUGUGAUGAAUGGACCAACUCAAAUGGACCAGCUAGUGUUUUUCAAAGACUUGUGUUGGCUAGUAGAAGUGUCAAUGCCCAAGCCAUGGUAGUAGUUUAAUAAUACCACAUCAAGCCAUGGUAGUAGUUUAAUAAUACCACAUCAAGCCAUCGUAGUAGUUUAAUAAUACCACAUCAAGCCAUGGUAGUAGUUUAAUAAUACCACAUCAAGCCAUCGUAGUAGUUUAAUAAUACCACAUCAAGCCAUGGUAGUAGUUUAAUAAUACCACAUCAAGCCAUGGUAGUAGUUUAAUAAUACCACAUCAAGCCAUGGUAGUAGUUUAAUAAUACCACAUCAAGCCAUGGUAGUAGUUUAAUAAUACCACAUCAAGCCAUCGUAGUAGUUUAAUAAUACCACAUCAAGCCAUGGUAGUAGUUUAAUAAUACCACAUCAAGCCAUGGUAGUAGUUUAAUAAUACCACAUCAAGCCAUCGUAGUAGUUUAAUAAUACCACAUCAAGCCAUCGUAGUAGUUUAAUAAUACCACAUCAAGCCAUCGUAGUAGUUUAAUAAUACCACAUCAAGCCAUGGUAGUAGUUUAAUAAUACCACAUCAAGCCAUGGUAGUAGUUUAAUAAUACCACAUCAAGCCAUGGUAGUAGUUUAAUAAUACCACAUCAAGCCAUGGUAGUAGUUUAAUAAUACCACAUCAAGCCAUCGUAGUAGUUUAAUAAUACCACAUCAAGCCAUCGUAGUAGUUUAAUAAUACCACAUCAAGCCAUGGUAGUAGUUUAAUAAUACCACAUCAAGCCAUGGUAGUAGUUUAAUAAUACCACAUCAAGCCAUCGUAGUAGUUUAAUAAUACCACAUCAAGCCAUGGUAGUAGUUUAAUAAUACCACAUCAAGCCAUCGUAGUAGUUUAAUAAUACCACAUCAAGCCAUGGUAGUAGUUUAAUAAUACCACAUCAAGCCAUCGUAGUAGUUUAAUAAUACCACAUCAAGCCAUCGUAGUAGUUUAAUAAUACCACAUCAAGCCAUGGUAGUAGUUUAAUAAUACCACAUCAAGCCAUCGUAGUAGUUUAAUAAUACCACAUCAAGCCAUCGUAGUAGUUUAAUAAUACCACAUCAAGCCAUCGUAGUAGUUUAAUAAUACCACAUCAAGCCAUCGUAGUAUUUUAAUAAUACCACAUCAAGCCAUCGUAGUAGGUUUAAUAAUACCACAUCAAGCCAUCGUAGUAGUUUAAUAAUACCACAUCAAGCCAUGGUAGUAGUUUAAUAAUACCACAUCAAGCCAUGGUAGUAGUUUAAUAAUACCACAUCAAGCCAUGGUAGUAGUUUAAUAAUACCACAUCAAGCCAUGGUAGUAGUUUAAUAAUACCACAUCAAGCCAUGGUAGUAGUUUAAUAAUACCACAUCAAGCCAUCGUAGUAGUUUUAAUAAUACCACAUCAAGCCAUCGUAGUAGUUUAAUAAUACCACAUCAAGCCAUGGUAGUAGUUUAAUAAUACCACAUCAAGCCAUGGUAGUAGUUUAAUAAUACCACAUCAAGCCAUCGUAGUAGUUUUAAUAAUACCACAUCAAGCCAUGGUAGUAGUUUAAUAAUACCACAUCAAGCCAUGGUAGUAGUUUAAUAAUACCACAUCAAGCCAUCGUAGUAGUUUAAUAAUACCACAUCAAGCCAUCGUAGUAGUUUAAUAAUACCACAUCAAGCCAUGGUAGUAUUUUAAUAAUACCACAUCAAGCCAUGGUAGUAGUUUAAUAAUACCACAUCAAGCCAUCGUAGUAGUUUUAAUAAUACCACAUCAAGCCAUCUAUAUAUCAACCACCCACUCAGCACGUAAAGAUCUGUCAAUGUGCCCGUGAGCAAGGCACUUAAACCUAAUUUGCUCCAGGGGCGCCCUACCCAACCCUUCCCGUUUUCAACAUGGCUGACUGUAAAACAACACAUCUCACUGGCUCUCUCCCGUGUGUCACAAUAUAGUUUUUUAUUACUUUUCUUUUUGACAAUGCAAAUGCCAUAUGGGUGUUGGCACAAAAUGCUUGUAUUGUGAUGUUUGUGCUUGUUGUACAUGAGUUUGAAUCAACACUUUUCACAGCUAGAGCAACAUGGACUGUGUCAUGUUGCAUUGUGGAGGGAGAGCUAAUACAUUGUUCUUUUUUAUCUUCUGAGCUUCUGUUUAACCAAAGGCAAAGCUUCUGAAUGUAAUUUCACAUCACAUGAUCAUGACCGCUGACAGUACUGCUAGUGGUGCUUCUGAUAGUACAUGUAUGACUUCAUUUAACUCCAAGAACCUGCUCUUUGUUACCACUCAUAGAAAGACUGCACACACGCACAUAUAUAAACACUAACAUAUGCGCAAGCACAAAAGGGCACACGUGAGAUGACAUGCAUGCACGCCACCACAUCUCCAUGGAGACCAAGUGAUGCCCACCCUGUGAAUAAAAACAAACACCAGUGCAUGAAGGGAAAAUGAACUUUAUCGUGCCAGCACGCGUCUCUUUGAUGUUACCACUUUUUUUUCUCUUUUCAUUUGAAUACCUAUGUAAUGAUAAUGAAUUAUAACAUUUUAUUUUUUAAAAGGCUUGUGAAUACAUACAAAUAUUUAACCAAUAUGAAUGUAGCGUGUACACGGAAUUCGCAUGAGAGAAUUAUUUUCUACUGAGGAUGUUUCUAAUUUGUUUAUUAUCAUUACGAUUGAUUGUUCUUUAUCUAGAAUGAAGGUGGGUUAGAAUGCAGCCUGGUUGUGAACUGCUUCCUAUUAAAAAGGCCAUUUGUGUCCAA